UCCACCCUCCUCAAGUGGCUCUUUUGGUUGCACUGCAAAAUUGUGUUUCUGUCUGAGUGGCUUUGUUCCAGGUUAUGUCCAGCUUCUCAUGUUUGUCUGGGUGUGUAACACGGAACUCUGAACUGAACUGAUGAAAGAGACGACACAGAUUGAAUGUAAAUUACCACAAUUCCAUACUUGGCAAUGUGGAGAAGGAGUAUGGUGAACACAUAAGUAACUGUUUUAACUCAAGAAACAACAUUUCAAAAUAAAAGAAUAGAUACUGUACAACAACUGGUAUGAAGUACUUUGUCUUGUAACUCCUCCAUCAUCAGUGUUCGUAGUGGUCUUCAAAGUCUGAGAGUUGACUUGAGAUUUUGGGUUCACCUACAAUUUCUUUUUUUUUUUUAAGAUUUCUUUUUGGGCUUUUUGCCUUUAAUCAGAUAGGACAGUGAAGGUUUGGACAGGAAAUGAGCUGGAGAGAAGAGGUGGGGAGUGGGAUCGGGAAAUGACCGCAGGCUGGAUUCGAACCCCGGGUCCCCGUGGGCGUUCAAGCCCAUUCAUGGUCGGGGCUGCUGCUUGCGCCACAGCUCCCUGUCACCUACUCUUUCUUGUGUGAGAAAGACCACAAACAUCACACAAACACAAAUGGGCAUAAUGAAUUGUGUGGAAACUGUGCUGUUUACUGAAAGCCUUAAUUUUCCCACGUUACUUUAGGUGCCUCAGAUACUGGAAGAAAAAAGCCCACUGGGUCCCAGGAUACAUUGCUGACAACUCCCAAGGUUCCAUCGUCCUCCACUUACCCAGUCUGCCCUCACCAAGACCACCAUGGCCACUGGCAGCCCUGAGGAUAUCUUCCUGAACAUCUCCGAACUCAACAGCAGUGCCUACAGCAUCAUCUUCAGCAAUGUCUCGGGGAAUGACAGUGCGCUGGAGACGUUAGAGGAGAUCCUGCACCGCGUCCUGGGGCCGCGCAGGUCUCCAUUCUUCCUGCCGGUGGCUCUCACCUACCUGUUGAUCUUUAUGGUGGGCGUGGCGGGCAACCUGCUCACCUGCACGGUGAUCGCCAAGCAUCGGAAGAUGCGUACCCCCACCAACCUGUACCUGUUCAGCCUGGCCGUGUCAGACCUGCUGGUUCUGAUUCUAGGCAUGCCGCUGGAGACCUAUGAGUUGUGGCAGAACUACCCGUUCAUCUUUGGCGAGGGCGGAUGCAUCUUCAAGGUGUUCCUCUUCGAGACGGUGUGCUUUGCCUCGGUGCUGAACGUGACGGCGCUGAGUGUGGAGCGCUACGUGGCCGUGGUGCACCCGCUGCGCACGCGCUACACCGUCACCACGCGCCACGCCCAGCGCGUCAUCACUGCUGUGUGGUUGGGCGCCGUGCUCUGCGCCCUGCCCAAUACCUCGCUGCACGGCAUCUACUACCUGGAGCUGCACGGCGUGCCCGUGCCCGAGUCAGCCACCUGCCACGUGCUCAAGCCCCUGUGGAUCUACAACCUGGUCAUCCAGGUGACCACCAUCUCCUUCUACUUCGUGCCAAUGACGGUGAUCAGUGUGCUGUACAUGGUUAUCGGCGUGCGGCUGGGACAGGAGCAGAGGUCGGUGGGGGGCAACUCCGGCAAGGGCACCGGCUCGGAGGUCAGCUGGACCAUCCACGUGGAGGGAGGGAAGAGGAGGCAGGUCACUAAGAUGCUCUCUGUGGUGGUGGUGGUGUUUGCCAUCUGUUGGGCCCCUUUCCACGUGGACCGUCUACUGUGGAGCUUCACCCCGCACUGGACGGACCACAUGCACGCCGUCUACGAGUACGUGCACAUCCUGUCAGGCAUGCUCUUCUACCUGAGCUCCACCGUCAACCCCAUCAUCUACAACAUGCUCUCCAGCCGAUUCCGCGAGCGUUUCCGCGAGCUCGUCUGCCACAAGGGCGGCGGCGCCACCGCCUCACGCAACAGCUCGCCACCCUUCCGCAAGAUCCUCAAGAGCUCGUCCUGCGCCACCCACGUCUCCAGCAACCGCAGCAGCCGUCCCCGAGAUGUCGCCUCCAACAGCGGCUGGGAGCAUGAGGAUGAGACCACCUUCAUGUGAAAGACCGAUGAUGGAGAAUUAUCUCCAUUAGUUUGACUGGUCCAGCAAGGCUCCAGACAGGAGGAGAGCGUCAAGGUCUUUCUUGCACCCCUGGCAGUGCAGACAUUGUUGGAACCUGUUGUAUAUGUGCUUUAAGUAUGGGGUAUAUGUAUAUGGGGGCGACAGUGGUACAGUGGUAGAGAAGUCGUUUAGUAAUCAGAAGGUUGCUAGUUCGAUUCCCUGUCGAAGCGUCCUUGAGCAAGACACUGAACCCCUAAUUGC